AGAAAACAACUAGCAAGAUAUUAGAAAUCACAGCUAUUAGCUAGUGAGAUAUGACAAACCAUCGUUUUCCGUCUCUUCCUCGAACCAGCAGUUGCAAGAGCACUUCCGCGAUAAUUCCAUCAAACUACAUCUCCUCGACUUCUUUCAUCGUCGAUCAUCCAAUGAACUCAUCAACAUCUGACGACAAACCUUUCGUUAGAAAACGACGACACUACCCUCCUCAAAUUGGUUGCGGCCCACCUGGCCUUUUCGGGUUCUCAUCAUUUCUCCAUUCAGUUAUCAACAUUAUAUCAAUUCCUUCACUUCUAAUGCCAACAUGUAAAUGGCUUACUAUACCCAAUCAUCACCGCCUAUCUCUAAAGCCCUCCCCCGGUCGUAAAGUGACCGGGACACUCUUCGGUAACCGCAGAGGCCACGUCAGCUUCGCGGUCCAAUACGACCCGAGAACCCAACCGAUAUUAAUCGUGGAGCUGGCGGUUUCAACCGCGGCUUUAGUCAGAGAAAUGUCAUCAGGGUUAGUCAGAAUUGCACUGGAGUGCGAAAAAUUACACGGUCCUAAUAACAUGAAAUUGUUUCAUGAACCAAUGUGGAGUAUGUAUUGUAAUGGGAAGAAAUGUGGGUACGCGCAAACACGCGCGUGUAAUGAGAGUGACUGGCACGUGCUUAGCACGGUUCAAAGUAUCUCGGCUGGUGCGGGCGUUAUACCGGUAGUUGAAGAUGGCGGGAAGUUAGGAGGAAAAAGUCAAGGAGAGUUGUUAUAUAUGAGAGCGAGGUUUGAACGAGUUGUGGGCAGUCGUGACUCGGAGGCGUUUUAUAUGAUGAACCCGGACGGCAGUGGUGGGCCUGAACUCAGUAUAUUUCUACUUAGAAUAUAAAGAUGCGGAUUGAUCAU